AUGUCAGACGAGAACCAAAUACCAAUCGAUCCAGAAGAGGAAUACAAGUCGAGCGAAGAUGAAGACUUUAACCCCGAUGGGCUAGAAGCAGCACAAGACGAGGACCUGUCGUCCUCAGAAGACGAAGAAGCCUCACAACCAAAGACCAAGAAAGCACCCAAGAAGCGAAAGAAGGCACAAGUCGACGCAGAAGAAGAGCUGGACUCUGGAGAUGAAGCGACAAUAACAGAACUGCGGAAGUCGAAGAAGCGCAAAACAGAUGACGAUGAGGACAGUGGUGGUGAAGGAGGCCUGAUCAAGACGAGGGCGCAAAGAAAAGCAGAAAAGCAAGAGCGUCAGGAGUACCAACGAGCCAAUGUCGAGGAUGUCACUGUCGACGUUGAUGCCCUAUGGGCCUCCAUGACAGCGAAACCGAUCGGACGACCAACACACGACCAGCCGAGACCUCAAGAGGAUAACACACAACAUUCCAGCGGAGCAGACAAACCACACGCUCAGCCCUCCCAAACAGACGAAGAUAACAAUGGCAUGAUAACCAUAAAACGCUCCUACGAUUUCGCCGGCCAAAAAGUGACAGAAGAAAAACGCGUACACAAAGAUUCCGCAGAAGCAAAACUAUACCUCGCAAACAACGACACCUCAAAACAAACCACCGCGAAACCGUCCUCUCCAUCUCCAACCUCCGAUCAACCCACUCUACGACGCCCCCUCCGCCGCGCUUCCAAAUUCGAACCCAAUCCUACAGGCGAAGUCAAAGGACUACCCGCAGAUCGCCAACGCCUGCGCACACCUUCAAGAGCCGACGUGUUGGCCCAACAGAACAGAUUAGAAGAGGAAGCCAAGAAGGGAGGUAAAGCGGUCAAACUCAACACCGUGCAAAAGUCCGCCAUCGAUUGGGCAGCACAUGUGGAUGAAGAAGGUCUGAAGGAUGAAUUGGAUGAAUACGGCAGGAGUAAACAAGGUUAUAUCGGCAAGAUGGAUUUCUUGCGGGGUGUGCAUGGGAAGAAGGAGGAGGAGGAGAGGAAGGCGAGGAUGGCGAAGUCGACGGCGUGA